AUGGUAGAGGGGAAAACGCUUGCUGAAGAGGAUCCUGAUCGACUGGCAUCUCAGCAUGAGCUCGCGCGUGCAUAUGAAGCAAAUGGGCAGAUCAUGCAGGCAGUGGACCUACUUGAGCAUGUGGUUAAAAUGAAAGAAAGAACCCUUGCUGAAGAGCACCCAUCUCAACUAGCAUCUCAGCAUGCCCUCGCGCAUGCAUAUAAAGCCAAUGGGCAGAUUAUGCAGGCAGUGGACCUACUUAAGCAUAUAGUUAUAGUGCGGGAGAGGACUCUUACUGAAGAGCACCCUGAUCGACUGACCUCUCAGCAUGAGCUUGCUAGUGCAUAUCAGGCCAAUGGGCAGAUUACACAGGCAGUGGAGCUACUUGAGCAUGUGGUUAUGGUAGAGGGGAGAGUCUUUGCCAAAGAGCACCCAUCUCGACUAGCAUCUCAGUGUGCACUUGCUGGUGCAUAUCAAGCAAAUGGGCAGAUCACGCAGGCAGUGGAGUUCCUUGAGCAUGUUGUCGCACUGGGGGUUAGAACCCUUGCUGAAGAACACCCAUCCCAACUGGCAUUUCAGCAUGCACUCGCGCGUGCAUAUCAAGCAAAUGGGCAGACCACGCAGGCAGUGGAGCUACUUGAGCAUGUGGUUAUGGUAGAGGGGAGAACCCUUGCUGAAGAGCACCCCUCUCGACUAGUAUCUCAGCAUGAGCUUGCUAGUGCAUAUCAAGCCAAUGGGCAGACCACACAGGCAGUGGAGCUACUUGAGCAUGUGGUUAUGGUAGAGGGGAGCCUUGCUAAAGAGCACCCAUCUCGACUAGCAUCUCAGCAUGCACUUGCUAGUGCAUAUCAAGCCAAUGGGCAGAUUCAACAGGCAGUAGAGCUAUUUGAGUAUGUGGUUAUGGUGCAGGAGAGGACACUUGCCAAAGAGCACCCCUCUCAACUAGCAUCUCAGCAUGCACUUGCUAGUGCAUAUCAAGCAAAUGGGCAGAUCAAACAGGCUGUGAAGCUACUUGAGCAUGUGGUCAUGGUAGAGGGGAGAACCCUUGCUGAUGAUCAUCCCUCUCGACUGGCGUCCCAGCGCGCACUCGCACAGCUGCUCCUGCAGAUGUCUCCGUGA